GGAAGCAGGAACCAAAAAGAGAAGAAGAAGCGGCUAUAAUGAGACCGAUGCUGCUGCGCUCGUCGUUCGGCUGCCUGACGACAGUUUUCGGCUCAUUUUCUGCGCCUAGAAAUAAAAUCGUCACACAAGCAACAGUCGCACCUCAUCUGUUUUAUCUCAGAAAAACGAUGCAUUAUCAAACCGAGGAGAGAGGACAGCCAAAUUCUCCCGACUACCGGAUUUAUUUUAAAACAAAGGAAGGAAAAUACAUUUCACCAUUCCAUGACAUUCCACUUUUAGCAGAGAGACCAGGUGACCAGGUGAGUUCUUCUACGGACAAUGGCGUGCCAGCUAAAAGACCCAAGCAGAAUGAGAGCGAGGUACUUUUUAACAUGGUAGUGGAGGUACCUCGCUGGUCAAAUGCUAAAAUGGAGAUUGCAACAAAGGAACCAAUGAACCCAAUCAAACAAGAUGUGAAGAAAGGAAAGCUUCGGUAUGUUGCAAACAUAUUUCCCCAUAAAGGCUACAUUUGGAACUAUGGAGCACUCCCACAGACAUGGGAGGACCCAAACCACACAGAUGAAGACACAAAGUGCUGCGGUGAUAAUGAUCCAAUUGAUGUUUGUGAGAUUGGCUCUCUGGUGUGUUCUCCAGGUCAGGUGAUUCAAGUGAAAGUGCUUGGUGUUUUGGCUAUGAUUGAUGAAGGAGAAAUGGACUGGAAGGUCAUUGCUAUCAACUCUGAGGACCCAGAUGCCAAAAGCCUUAAUAACAUAGAUGAUGUUCGCAGGAGCCGGCCUGGCCAUUUAGAGGCUACUGUGGACUGGUUUAGGAAAUACAAAGUGCCUGAUGGAAAGCCUGAGAACCAGUUUGGAUUCAAUGGGCAAUUCAAAGACAAGGACUUUGCAGUUAAAAUUAUUAAAUCCACACAUGAGCACUGGAGGGCACUAGUGCAGAAGCAGACAAACAGUGGAGGGAUUGACUGCAAAAAUACCUCCUGCUGCGAGAGCCCUUUUAAUUUCAGUUCAGAAGAGGCCAGUGGUUUGGUCAAGUUGGCCCCUGCAUUUGGCAGAGCACUUCCUGUGCCUCCAGAGGUGGACAAGUGGCAUUUUGUCUGAAGGCCUGAAGAUAUUCUUUUCGAUGUAUGAAAUAUGCAAAUCUUGAUCAAAAGGGGGAAAAUUGACUUGGUUAAGGUUCUUGAAGAUGUUUCACUUCUCCUGUGAAAGGCUUCACCCAAGGCCACCCAUAAGGGGGGUGGGCACACUUAACUAAACCAUUUUCAAAGUAAUGUUUGACUUCAUCGCUAGGCAGUGAUGUGCACAAACGCGAGGAUGCCAGAAAAUUAAAAGAAAGAAAAAUAGACAACUUUAAUGGUAAAUAAUUACUCAAUUGUGAAAAGGGUUAAAAAUUGUCAAAAAGCAGCAGAAAUUGGUAAAAACUGGUAAAAGAGCCGGCAGAAUACAGGUAUGGCAAAAAUGGGUGUAAAGUGGAAAAACUGGAAAAUAGGUGAAAAGUGGCAUAAAUGGGGGUUAAGUGGCAAAAGAGUGGCAUUAAAGGGUGUAGCACAUCAUAAAGGGGUUAAAAGUAGCUAAAAAAUGACAAAAAUUGGUGUAUAAUGACUUAAAUUGGUUAAAAAGGACAAAAAACAGCUAAAAUAGGUUUUAAACAGCAAAAAGCGAUAAGCAAAAAUGGAUGGACAAAGUGUUGAAAAGGAGUUAAAAAGUAGAAUAAAUUAUUCCAACAUCAGAACCCAGUAAUAGUUAAACAAACUUUUCAGGUCCACAAUGAGGUAACUGUUAGCCAGGAUGCUAGCCUGUUCUUGAGGUCUUUCAGGGACCCAGCCAGUUCUGUUGGUGAGCUUCACCUCAGGCUGCUGACCGGAGUCAGCACUACAGUCAGUUUAGAACUGAAGAAGCCUUUCAUAGGAGAGGUGAAAUAUUUUCAAGACCCUUGAUCAAGCCCAGUUGCCUUUUUUUAAAUCAUUUUUUGGAUAACCAUGACUUGGAUCAAUGAAAAACUACACAGACAACAUGGGAAGCAGAUGCAUUUUUUGCAUGCAGCUGGAUUUAAUUUUUGUAAAGGACCCCUUCUGAGUUGUUUGAUGUGCCAUCUGUUUUAAUGCCAGUGCAUGGUCAGUAUGAGACAUUAGAGAUCUCAAAGAACCAUAAGUGAAAGUGUUUGUAACUGGCAUUAUCAAUAAAAAAAUCAAUUAAGUGUUUAACAUGGCUCCCAAAUAGAUGGUAACCUGGCCCCAGAAUGGUCAUCUUUCUACUAAAUUGUAAAUAUUUCUUUUAUGAUUAGCAUUUUUGGGGCCAGUGUCCAGGUCAGCCUUUGUAUAAGACUGUAAGUUAUGCUAAUAUUCUUUAAUUUUCUUUCAAGAUUGUAAUCUGUUUGAACUGACCAUUAAAAACACAUUUUGUCAUAAAGAACUCUAUCCUGUAUGGGCAAAUAAAAAACAAGGUGAAACUG